AUGGCGCAGAACGACACCACGUCCGAGUGGGGGGCUGUCCGCGUGCGGACCACCUUCCUCGACUACUUCAAGGAGCGCGGCCAUGCCUUUGUGCCCUCCUCCUCGGUCGUGCCCCUCUCCGACCCGACCCUCCUCUUCGCCAAUGCCGGCAUGAACCAGUACAAGGCCAUCUUCCAAGGCACCGUCGACCCCGCCUCCGACUUCGCCCAGCUCAAGCGCGCCGCAAACUCGCAAAAGUGCAUCCGUGCCGGUGGCAAGCACAACGAUCUCGACGAUGUCGGCAAGGACAGCUACCACCACACCUUCUUCGAGAUGCUGGGCAACUGGAGCUUUGGCGACUACUUCAAGACCGAGGCCAUUGGCUUCAGCUGGGAGCUGCUCACAAAGGUCUAUGGCGUCGACCCCAAGCGGCUGUACGUGACGUACUUUGAGGGAACCGACGACCUGGAGCCGGAUCUCGAGGCCAAGGAGCUGUGGAAGAGCGUCGGCGUGCCCGAGGACCACAUUCUGCCUGGCAACAUGAAGGACAACUUCUGGGAGAUGGGCGACCAGGGUCCUUGCGGGCCUUGCUCAGAACUCCACUAUGAUCUGAGGGAGCCGGAAAACGGUGUCUACAGGAACGCUGCGUCGCUGGUCAACGCGGACGACCCCGAGGUCAUCGAGAUCUGGAACAACGUCUUCAUGCAGUACAACCGCGAGCCGGACCGGUCGUUACGGCCACUGCCCCACAAGCACAUCGAUACCGGUAUGGGCUUCGAGCGAUUGGUGUCGGUGCUGCAGAAGACGAAGUCAAAUUAUGACACCGAUGUUUUCAGUCCGUUGUUCAAGAAGAUUCAGGAAAUCACAGGUGCGCGAGAAUACAAGGGCAAGUUUGGCGAGGAAGACUCGGACGGCGUUGAUACCGCCUACCGCGUUGUUGCCGACCACGUCCGUAUGAUGUCGUUCUCCAUUGCUGACGGAGGUGUACCGAACAAUGUUGGGCGUGGCUACGUUGUGCGCCGUGUCCUGCGACGAGGAGCGCGCUACGCUCGCAAGUACUUUGAGGCUGAAAUCGGCAGCUUCUUCUCGAAGAUCGUACCGACGCUUGUGGAGCAGAUGGGCGAAAUGUUCCCCGAGCUGAAGAAAAAGGAGGCUGAUAUCAAGGAGAUUUUAGACGAGGAAGAGAAGAGCUUUGCCAAGUCUCUCGACCGAGGCGAGGUUAUGUUCGAGAAGUACGCACAGAAGGCCAAGGCCAAGGGCUCGAAUGAUCUUCCCGGUGACGAUGUCUGGCGGUUAUACGAUACCUAUGGUUUCCCUGUCGAUCUGACCAAGAUUAUGGCCGAAGAGCGAGGCCUCCACAUCAACGACAAGGAAGUCGAAGAGGCGCAAGACAAGGCCCGCGAGGCUAGCAAAGGCGAUAAGAAGGCUACCGCUGCGCUGGUCAAGUUCGACGUACACGACCUCAGCGCUCUCGACAGCAUGGACGAUGUGCCCAAGACGGACGAUUCGCCCAAGUUCGGUCGCGAGAACAUCACGUCUGUCAUCAAGGCUAUAUACCACAACAAGAAGUUCCUAAAGAGCACAAAGGAAGUUCCUGAAGGCGAACAAUUUGGUGUUUUACUUGAUAAGACAAACUUCUACGCUGAGCAGGGAGGUCAAGAGUAUGAUACCGGUAAACUGCUCGUCGAUGGUGAGGCCGAGAUCAGCAUCGAGAACGUCCAGGUCUAUGCUGGCUACGUGCUACAUACCGGAUUCCUCAAGUACGGCGAGCUGAACGUAGGGAGCGAGGUCAUUGCAGAAUACGAUGAGCUCCGCCGCCACCCAAUCCGGAGCAACCACACCGGAACGCACGUUCUCAAUUACGGUCUCAAGGAAGUCCUCGGCGACGAUGUCGACCAAAAGGGCUCGCUUGUUGCGCCCGAGAAGCUACGCUUUGACUUCUCGCACAAGGCUGCUGUUUCGGACGCCGAGCUUGCUAAGAUCGAAAAGGUCUGCACCGAGUACAUUCGCCAGAACUCAGAGGUCUACGCCAAGGAUGUGCCUCUGUCCAUCGCGCGCGAAAUUCGUGGCGUGCGUGCUGUCUUCGGAGAGACAUAUCCGGACCCUGUGCGCGUUGUGUCGGUCGGUGUUCCCAUCGAGGACCUCGUCGCAGACGUCAAGAACGAACAGUGGGAGAAGGUCUCCGUUGAGUUCUGUGGUGGUACACACGUCAAGCAGACGGGCGAGAUCAAGGAACUCGUUAUCCUCGAGGAAUCUGGCAUCGCCAAGGGUAUCCGCCGCAUUGUCGCCGUGACAGGGCAAGAAGCCUACGAUGUCCAACGACAGGCUUCCGACUUCGAGGGAGAACUCAGCCGUCUCGAAAAACUCGAUUUCAGUUCCGAGAAGGAGGCAAAGGCCAAGUCGAUGCAGACUGAGCUCAACCAGCUCGUCAUCUCGGCACUCUCAAAGAGCCAGUUCCGCGAGCGGUUCGCGAAGAUCCAGAAGAGCAUUUUGGACGAGCAGAAGGCGUUUGCGAAGAAGGACAACAAGCGCGUGUUGGAUGUUGUAACGAACUACUUCAACAACAACAAGGAUGCAAAGUUCUUGGUGCAAAAGGUCGACUGGUCGAGCAACGUUGCGAAGGCUAUCAGCGAGACGAUCAAGAACGUGUCGGGCCCGAAGAGUGCGCUCAAGGACAAGAGCGUCUAUCUGUUCAGUGCGGGUGACGGGAAGGUGGCGCACGGAUGCUAUGUCUCUGAGUACUUUAAGGAGCAAGGUGCCGACGGACCUAAGUGGGCCAGCUCAGUCACUCCUGUUAUCGGAGGAAAGACGGGUGGUAAGCCUGGUGCGCCUACUGCGAUCGGCAACGGCACGAAUGCAGAGAAAGUAGACGAUGGCGUAGAGGAGGCUAGGAAGUUCAUUGAGAAUUUCAAGCUGUAA